AAGCGAUCCGCCUCCACCCACCGCCAUCACUUCUUCCCUCGCGCCGGGCGCUCUCUCACGCCACCAUGGCGACGGCUUCUCUCUCCCUCGCUCCGCCUCCUCCUGCCCAUUCCUGUCGCCGCCUGUGCUCCUCUUUCCUCCCUCGCUUCCCUUCUCCCUCCCCCUCUCCCCGCCCGUCCCGCUGCUCCCGGCGUCCGCUCCCUGCCGUGCGGGCCAUGGCGCCCCCCAAACCGUCGGGGAAAUCCAAGAAGGUGGUGGGCAUCGUGAAGCUGGCGUUGGAGGCGGGCAAGGCGACGCCCGCGCCGCCGGUGGGGCCCGCCCUGGGUUCCAAGGGCGUUAACAUCAUGGCCUUCUGCAAGGAGUACAACGCCAGGACCGCCGACAAGGCCGGCUACGUGAUCCCCGUUGAAAUCACCGUCUUCGACGAUAAGAGCUUUACCUUUAUUUUGAAGACUCCACCGGCAUCAGUUCUGCUUCUCAAGGCUGCAGGAGUUGAGAAAGGUUCCAAAGAACCGAAGCAGGAGAAGGUGGGGAAGGUAACCAUUGAGCAGCUGUGCGCAAUAGCAACAGAGAAAUUACCAGACCUGAACUGCACCAGUAUCGAGUCUGCCAUGAGAAUCAUCGCAGGCACUGCAGCUAAUAUGGGCAUCGUCAUCGAUCCACCAGUCCUGGAGCCCAAGAAGAAGGCAGUCGUCUAACAUUUCUAGUAUUCUUUCACAAUCUGCAUCCGCAGAUCAAAAUUUCAGUUUUGUUUUGGACAUCCUAUUCAAUUCUAAGAUUCAAUUUCCAUCAUGCAUCUCCUGCUGAUUGUGUUUAUGUAAGAUUCAUGAUGUUGCCACGGCACAGGACGCUGAAGCUUUUUCAUGUUGUGGUAUAAACUUCUCUGGAUUUGGUACUGUUA